AUGGCAGAACUCAAGCAUUACAAUCCUCAAGCAUACAACUCUCUACAACUUACAAAUCCAAUAACAUGGUCAAGAGCUUUUUUCAAGAUUGGUAUCUGCUGUAAUGACAAUCUUAACAAUCUCAGUGAGUCAUUCAAUAGGACUAUUAGACAAGCCAGGAGAAAUCCUUUGCUGGAUUUGCUUGAGGACAUAAGAAGACAGUGCAUGGUCAGAAAUGCAAAGAGGUUUAUCAUAGCUGAUAAUAGGUUGAAGACACGGUUCACCAAAAGAGCUCAUGCUGAGAUUGAAAAAGCAAUUGCUGGAGCCCAAUAUUGCGAGAGAUAUAUGGCUAGAAACAACAUACAUGAGGUAUGUCAGAAUGGUGUAGGUUAUAGUGUUGAUAUGGAUGCAAGAAGUUGUGGAUGCAGGAAGUGGCAGAUGGUUGGCAUCCCAUGUUCUCAUGCUACAAGUAUGAUAAUAGGGAAAAAAGAGAAGGUUGAAGAUUAUGUCAGCGACUACUACACAAAGAAAAGGUGGCGAGAGACAUACCUUGAUGGUAUUAGGCCUGUGCAAGGGAUGCCAUUGUGGCCUAGAUUGAACUGGUUGCCUGUAUUGCCACCACCAUGGAGAAGAGGAAAUCCCGAAAGACCUUCUAUGCUAGGAGGAAAGGAAGAAAUGAAUCUUCGUCUUCUUCAAAUACCAAGAAGAUGUCAAGGGAAAAAAGAAUAA